AUGAGUUCCCAAAAAGGGAACGUGGCUCGUUCCAGGCCGCAGAAGCACCAGAAUACGUUUAGCUUCAAAAAUGACAAGUUUGAUAAGAGUGUUCAGACUAAGAAAAUAAACGCCAAACUUCAUGAUGGAGUAUGUCAACGCUGUAAAGAAGUUCUUGAAUGGCGUGUAAAAUACAGCAAGUACAAACCACUAUCAAAACCUAAAAAAUGUGUUAAAUGUUUACAAAAGACAGUGAAGGAUUCUUAUCACAUAAUGUGCAGACCUUGUGCUUGUGAGCUUGAAGUUUGUGCUAAAUGUGGAAAGAAAGAAGACAUUGUUAUUCCGUUUAAUACAGAACCAGAAAAGACAGAAGAUACUAAAAAUAAUCUAAGUUCCAACUGUAGAAGAAGCCGCAUAAGAAAUGAAGAUGAAAGUGAUGGUGACUUGGAUUUUUAUAUUGAUUUAGAUGACACUGAUGAAGACAAUUAAAUGAACUAA